AUGUCUUCCAUCAAGCCGAUCAUUGUCUAUGGGGAAUUCAUCACUCCUAAUCCCCACAAGAUCCGCAUCAUCCUCGAAGAGCUGAACAUUCCCUACGAGAACGAUGUCGUUGAGGUCCGGGAGGUCAAGGGGGAGCGCUUCAUCAACAUCAACCCUAAUGGUCGCCUUCCCGCCAUAUACGACCCCAAUACCGACGUGACGCUCUGGGAGUCGGCAGCCAUCAUCACCUACCUCAUCGAUCAGUACGACACACAGCAUCGCCUCAGCUAUGCCUCCUCUCCAGAAAAGUACGAGAUUCAGCAAUGGAAUGCCUUCCAGGUCUCAGGUCAAGGGCCUUACUACGGCCAAGCUGUCCAUUUCAGCGGAUUCCAUCCCGACAAAGUCCCCAUCGCCAUCAACCGCUACGACAAAGAAAUCGACCGCGUGCGCUCAGUGCUCAACCUCCACCUGACCAGGAAAGCAGCGGCAGCAGGGUCCUCUCCAACCGAAACGUGGCUCGUCGGCGACAAGCUGACCGUCGCCGACUUGUCAUGGGUCAUGUGGGAGCACGUUGCAGACUUCCUCUUCCGCUUAAAAGGCAGCGACCUCAAUCCCCCCGGCAAAUAUCCGGCCUACGAAGCGUGGAUUUCCCGACUUUAUGCGAGGCCGGCGUGUAAGAAGGCCAUUGAUCGACGCGCGGAGGGGUUCAGGAAGGAGGGUGCGAUUAUUGCGCAAUUCAUGCGAAAGGACUUUCUCGAACUCGACGGUGCUAAGGCCGAGAUGAAGACGUGGGAGCCGGUGAAGUGA